GGGCGCUGGCUCCUCGGCGUGCUCUGGCUGUCUGCAGACUCUGUGCGGAUUGGCGGCGGCCCUUCAUCUUCCAGUCUCAGCAGGGACGGGGAAAUACAGCCCGCAGGCCUCGGCGGAGAGCUCGCCUGCUCCCUGGCGGCAGCGCGACCCGGGUGGCCUGCGGGGCGGCCGCGGGCACUUUAAGGGGCGGGGCCGGGGCGCUCUAGCGCCGCCCCCCUGGGCGUGACGCGGCGCCAGGCGCGCUGGCUCGCGCCGCCGACCCAACCGCCUUUCUCUUCCCUUCCCGUCUUUUCCCCGGUGACCCCGGAAGUGGAAGUAGGCCGCCGCGGCGGGGACGGAAGGCGGAAGCGGAGCGUGAGCGGGAGGCGGAGCCGGGGGAGCUGCUCUCGUAGCUCCCCCUGGCCUCAGGCGCAGCUGCUCGAGGGGGAGGAGUUACCGCCGCGGUUCGGCAGUAGAACUUACCAUGAUGGCUGUGACCUGAAAUCCUCAGGAAGCCCCGGGGUCAUGGCCCAGAAGCACCCCGGAGAAGGAGGGUUGUGUGGAGCUCAUCACAGUUGUGGUGCCUCCCUCCGGACAUCGGGACCCUCUGUGGACCCUGAAAAACUUUCAUUCUCAGGACUCAGGGACUCGGCAGAGACUGCCCCUAAUGGUACACGCUGCCUCACAGAGCACUCUGGUCCUAAGUACACACAGCCCCCGAACCCAGCCCACUGGUCGGACCCAAGCCAUGGCCCUCCAAGGGGUCCAGGACCACCUAGGGAAGGAGGUUACCCUGAUGAGAGUGAAGCAUCUUCGGAAGAGUCAGGAGUGGACCAGGAACUCUCAAGAGAUAACGAGACUGGGUACCAGGAGGAUGGGAGCCCUUCUUUUCUUUCCGUUCCAUCUGCUUGUAGCUGCCAGGGGAGCCCUGGCGUCCCUGAAGGGACUUACUCUGAGGAAGGAGAUGGCUCUCCUAUCAACUUUUGCCACCAUUGUAUCUCUCCAGCCUUGGAGGAAGAGGAAGAAUUAGAAGACUUUGAUGAGGAGGAACCUCUUAAAUUUCCCAGUGAUUUGUCACGUGUGUCCAGUGGGAAGAAACCCCCAUCCCGGAGGCAGAGACACCGUUUUUUGACCAAGGAGGAUACUCGGGAUAGUGGACGCAGAGAUCCCAGGUCCCCUGGUCGUCAUCGGCUGGGCCGAAAACGAAAUCAGGCAGAUAAGCGCAGAGGCCUGGGACUGUGGGGUGUAGAGGAACUAUGUCAGCUUGGACAGGCGGGCUUCUGGUGGCUGAUUGAACUUCUGGUAUUGGUGGGAGAGUAUGUAGAAACUUGUGGCCAUCUCAUUUAUGCAUGCAGGCAGCUGAAAGGCAGUGAUCUGGACCUUUUUCGAGUUUGGGUGGGAGUCUGGGCAGGGAAAUUGGGGGGCUGGGCCCAGGUGAUGGCCCAGUUUCUAAGCCAGAGCUUCUACUGUGCGGCAGGGCUCUUCACCCGUUUUCUUAGGCUAGUGGGUGCUUUCCUACUUCUGGCUCUUGCCCUCUUUUUGGGUUGUCUACAUUUGGGCUGGCGGUUUUUGGUGGGCCUGGGUGACCGUUUAGGCUGGAGGGAUAAGACCACCUGGAUGUUCUCUUGGCUGGAUUCUCCAGCCUUGCAUCGUGGCUUGACUCUGUUUCGAGGCAGCAGGGCAUGGCAGCAGCUGGUAAGAUUAGUUCAGUGGGACUGGCUGGAGUUGCCUUGGGUCAAGCAGAGGACUAAUAAGCAAGGUAAUGCACCUGCAGCUAGUGGGCGCUACUGCCAGCCAGAAGGGGAAGUGGCCCGACUUUUGACCAUGGCUGGGCUUCCUGAGGAUGAACUAAACCCUUUCCAUGUGCUGGGGGUUGAAGCCACAGCAUCAGAUGCUGAACUAAAGAAGGCCUACAGGCAGCUAGCAGUGAUGGUUCAUCCUGAUAAAAAUCAUCAUCCCAGGGCUGAGGAGGCCUUCAAAGUUUUGCGGGCAGCUUGGGACAUUGUCAGCAACCCAGAGAGGCGGAAGGAGUAUGAGAUGAAACGAAUGGCAGAGAAUGAGCUAAGCCGGUCAGUGAAUGAGUUUCUGUCGAAGCUACAAGAUGACCUCAAGGAGGCGAUGAAUACUAUGAUGUGUAGCCGAUGCCAAGGAAAGCAUAGGAGGUUUGAAAUGGACCGGGAACCUAGGAGUGCCAGAUACUGUGCUGAGUGCAACAGGCUGCAUCCUGCUGAGGAGGGAGACUUUUGGGCAGAGUCGAGCAUGUUAGGCCUCAAGAUCACCUACUUUGCACUGAUGGAUGGCAAGGUCUAUGACAUCACAGAGUGGGCUGGAUGCCAGCGUGUGGGAAUCUCUCCAGAUACCCACAGAGUUCCUUACCACAUCUCAUUUGGUUCUCGGGUUCCUGGCACCAGUGGUCGGCAGAGGGCCACUCCAGAGGCCCCUCCUGCUGACCUGCAGGAUUUCUUGAGCCGGAUCUUUCAAGUACCCCCAGGGCAGAUGUCCAAUGGGAACUUCUUUGCAGCGCCUCAACCUGGCCCUGGGGCCACUUCGACCUCCAAGCCCAACAGUACAGUACCCAAGGGAGAAGCCAAACCUAAACGGCGGAAGAAAGUGAGGCGGCCCUUCCAACGUUGACACCCUUCUCUUCCUUCCUCAAAUCAGUGUCAGGGAGUCAAAAGGGCUGUGUACAGCACAGGAUGGAAUUUGAUUUGUUUAUUUUUAAAUACUUUAAAAAGGGAAAAAUUUAAAUUGUUCACUCAGUACUUAGAGGAAGUCCAUGACCUAUCUUCCCCUUCCCCAACACCUAGGAACUGAAUCUUGUCUUCUGACAAUACCAAAGAAAUAGGAGGUGGCUAGAGCAAAGAGCUUAGGGUCUGGACCUAGUCCAGUCAGUGUGUUCCUAAGGUGUGGGGACUGGGGAUUUCUCUGGGGUCUGUAUGCCUUUAUCUUAUCAUUUGCUCUCAGAGCAAAUGAAACACACCCCUUUUUAAAUGAGUGUAUCUUAUUUCUUAACCUAUUUCAGGGGUUCCUCCCCCUUUACCCUGAUGUACUAACUAAAAGAAAAAGCAUGUAGCCCUAAUUUUGGAGAUACAGAAUUCAGAGUGGAAACUGAAUUUUUCCUCUGACUUUUCACUUUAUGGGAAACCACCUAACUUCAGGCUUGUUGUUGCAAGGAUGGCCAAAAUUAAUUAAUUUUUAAAAAGCAGACUUAUGCCCUGUGCCCUUGGGUGAGGGGGAAGGAUAGAGGGGUUCCUAGAGGCCCCCUUGUGAGCCAAGGGUUUGUAUUUUUUUAAGUUUGUUCAUAUUUGUAUGUACAUAUCUAUUUAAAGCCAGGGGAUUAUCUUUCUAUAAAUAUAUAACUGGCAACUUA